GGAUCGGGACGGUCAAAGCCGCGAACCAAACGAAGAUUGAGAAAACUCUUCCGUUCCGUCAGUCGCUUCUGAUUCUUCAAUACUCGCGGUACCUGCGCGACUUUAAUUGAAUCAAACGUUACGCGAUGCGUACGAUCAAGUAGCAAGUGACAUUUGUGAGGAUUUUGAUUUUUGAUUUUUUUGUUUGGUGAUAUUGGUUGAAAGGAACUAUGAUUUUGAAUAUUGAGAAGAGUGACUUCUUCGAUUCUGCAAGUAACAUGGCACCAAAUACUGAAGAUAAUUCCAGGAAGGAUGGCCAAUUAUCUUUCCUCGACGAAAUUAUUAAUAAGGAAAAACAACGUCCACCAAUCUACAACCCCGAAGACUACGCCCUCAUGCUGAAAAAAUGGGGCAAAAAAUCAGCGAAUGGCGGCAUCAUGUCUCUUUACUCCAACUCCAGUACGUCAGACGUCGACAGUCAACGAUCCCAAAGCAACUCUUUCCGAGACUACAGGAACCCGAUGCUGACGUCAUCUGGUUCCGAGAUGACGCUCAGGCAGUUUGGGACUGUUUCGGAACUAUUAGCCAAAUUGAAGACGGAUUUGAAGAUGGCGUUUCCUAGUUUUGUGCAAGAAUUUGUUGCCGAACCACUAGACGGAGUCACACUUCUACUAGAUCUUCUAAGAGCUAUCCAAUUAAGCCAGUCCAGUACUGUGAUACAUGGACCAGCAGGUUCUUCUGGUACUACCGGCAAAAUACCACCGUCUUUACAAAGAAGAGCUCUUUUAGACGAACUUUCCUGUUUGCAGUGCCUGCUUAAUUGCUGUAUACGGUACACAGAGUCACUGAGGAAGUUGAUUUCAUCGUCGGCCGGUUUGUUUACCGUUGCUGUGUGUAUAAUGAGCAACGUAAACAAGUCUCGGAUAAUAGCUUUGCAGCUCCUCGCAAGAGCAUGUGAUCCAUCCAUAAACGGCCACUCAGCAGUCUCAGAAGCAGUGUCCACGCUAAGGCUCAGAUUUGGAGAGCCUGUCAGAUUCAGAUUCUUGAUCGGAAUGAUGACGUCGACGGGAGGACAAAAAGAACUCAUUAUCUCAGGCCUGAAAUUUUUAAAUAGAUUUAUGGAUACUGCGGGAUCGCCUCAAAAAAGGAUUUACAUACAAGCAGAAUUGGAUCAGGCCGGAUUUGAUAUUGAUGUUAUUAAAAAGAAUAUUGGGAAUGCAAGUAACGACCAGUUACAAGAGGAAAUUCAGUAUUGGGAACGGAAAAAUAUCAACGUCGAGUACCUAACCUUCACUCUAGAUAGUUUCAAAAAAGAAAAUGCCAGCUUGAGGGACAAAGUUGGGAUUUUGGAGCGAAAAAUUAAGUCUCUGCAGGAAGAAAAGGGAGCUUUAUGCUGUGUUGAGAAAAGCCUUAAGGAUCGAUGUAGUGAGCUACAAUCUGAAAUAAAGUCUUUAAAAUCUAGCAGAUCGUCUAAAGAAUCUUAUAUCAAUAAAAAACGAACCAUUUUACCUCUAAAUGAAGACGAAGGUAUCUCCUCAUCUGAAAGAAGCCUCACUCCUGAUGAUGACAUUCAACACUCACUAUACGAUUCAUAUCAAGUAGCAAAACUACCCAAAGAAGCAAACACUGAACUCGAAGAUGAAGAAACCACCAUUGAAGAAGUUAUUGAAGAAUUAAGAAACAUCAUAAACGAGGCUGAAACUGAAGAUUUUGCUAAAAAAGAACAAAGAAAAUUAGCAAAAGAAAAAAGGCGCAUUGAAGAAGCACAGGUUGCUAGUAAAUUCAAAAUUCACAUAGACGCCGACGAUUAUGCUAUUGCCAGUGAAAGUGAAAUUAUACCUUCAGAUUUACAUCCGCAACCUCCACGUAGAGCCAAAAGUCUAGUUCAUCUAUUCGUACCUUCAGAAGAUUACUAUUAUUGUCCAAAAGAACUGUUUUUUGAAAACGAAACUCCUUAUACCAGCACUGAUGGUUCUGAUUCUUUACUAAGUGCGUCAAAAUGUGUUGUACCAAGAAUAAAUACUCCUGACAAUGCGAGUCAUUGCAAAAAAAUGUCAGAGUUAAAAUCACGCUCAAAAACUAAAAAGACAAGCAUGAAAAGAUCAAAAUCAUUUAAGCAUUUGGAUGAUAGUAAUAGGGCUUUCGAUAGUGGCUUCGAUUCAUCUUGCUACUACACUACAACAGUGAAUGUUAGCCAGAAUCAAGAUGACUUUGGACGUAAAAGUAAAUGUAAGAGUUUAGACAGAAUAGAUAACAAUGGCCUAGAUUCUAUGGUUGAUAUUGUGGUAACCAACCACAGUUUGGAUGGCAAUGUACAAAUGCGAACCAAAAGUGAUUCGCCUAAAAACACCAAAAGCGUCUCAAAUGUUUAUAUUAAAAAUUCAUAUUCUGAUGACAAGCAAAUAAUGUUUCUUCCAAGAGAAUCCGCCUAUUAUUUUCCAAGGCUUCAAGAGAAGAAAACCACAAGUACGAGCUUUCUCAUUAAAAGAGGCCAUGGAAAUGCAGGGUUAUACUCUGGACAGAUACAGGGUGAUAAUAGGAGUACUUUGUCCAGGCAAAGAGAUUUUUUGUCAUUGAGUAGCGGGACGAUAGGGAAGAAAGUUACGGAUUUACCAUCUGGAUUAUAUUAAAUGUGUUUAUUCAAUUUUAAAUACUACAUAUCAUGUAAUAAACCUUUAUAAUUUGUGCAAUAAUUUAAUAUUUGUAUUAAGUGGUAAUAUUAAUAUUGAUUAGAAGUUAGGUAUUUCUUUUUAUAAUAAUUUGUAAACACCAUUAUUGUCUGCCAAGUAUUUUAUUUUUAUAUUAUAAUAUCC